AUGAUCUGCGGCCGCCGGAGAGUUUUGCUGAAGUAUUGGAGAAUGGGUAAGUGUAAACUUGGCCCACUUUUGCUGGUCAGAUUCUUAGAAGGUUUGUUUGACAAGCAAGCUGAUCUCUACUUGGAUGGAAGGCCAACUUAUCCAACCCAAUGGUAUUCAAUGCUGGCUGAUCACACCCUCCACCACUCUUUGGCUUGGGAUGUUGGUACUGGCAAUGGCCAAGCUGCUCUCGGUGCUCUUGUAGAUCUCAUCAUCAAACCGCUGCCUUGUGUAACCUGCAACGUAGAAAUUUGUGCAUACAAGUGUUCUGCUUACACUGGGAGAACACUCUCUCAUGAAGUUGCUGAGCACUAUGAGCAAGUGAUUGGAACUGAUGUGAGUGAAGCUCAGUUAAAACAUGCAAUGGCGCAUCCAAGGGUUCGAUACCUUCCCACCCAAUUAUCCAUGUCUGAUGAUGAGCUAAUAACCUUAAUUGGGGGUGAAAAUUCAGUUGAUUUGGUGACAGUAGCGCAGGCUGUGCAUUGGUUUGAUCUGCGGAAAUUUUAUUCCCUUGUCGCACGCCUUCUAAGAAAGCCUGGAGGUGUACUUGCUGUUUGGUGCUACAAUGAUAUUCUAGUGAGUCCUGCAUUUGAACCAGAGCUGUCAUUUGAGGGAUUUUUGAAGAUGAUCCGUUCAUGGUCAGCAGUAAUUACAGCCAAAGACCAAGGUGUGGAUUUGUUGUCUCCGACUGUUGUUAAAGAGUUGGAGACUGUUUGGGGUGGACCUAAACUGGUUAGGUCUGUCACCUACAAGGCUUUUAUGCUUGCUGGAAAAGUUAAGCUGUGA